AUGUUUCUAAACCAAAAACCAGGACAAUCACAAACAGGUAUUCCAACAUGGACAUGGCCUUUCAAUACUAGACUCACCGUUAGCAACGCCGGUGAGAAUACCGGUCGUGUAAGAUUCCAAGCAGGUACAUCACCUGCUGAAGAGCAAAUACUUGCAGGCAAAGAAACUGAGUUCUAUGAGAGACCUUUUGGUGGUGCAUAUUUGACUGUCACUAACAUUGGUUCAACCACCCUCACUGCCAUGACCAAUUAA